AGAAAGAACAGGGCUCGGCAGGCGAGUGGGACAGUUACCUGGCCCGGGCAGGGCCGAAGAAGUCCCCCGGCCCUUUAUUCCCGUCCCCCCCCCCCUCGGCGCGCGCGGCCGCCCGCCGGCCUCCCCCUCCUGGCUCCCAGCGGACGGAGGAGCCCACGCCGACCCCUGCCGCCUCACGCCCGUGCCCAAGACGAGGGGCCCGGAGAGAAGGCAGCUGCCACGCGCCGGCAAGUUGGAGACUUACCUUCCCCGAAUGCGCUACACCAUCAAUGGAGGUGUGUUCGUCCGGCUCCCGGGCAAGUGGGGGACGGGGCGGGAGGCCGCGGGGCUGGGGACCGCCGGGCUCGGGCCGAGGAGGGGCCGGCCGCGGGGACAGGGCCGGGGGCUGCGGGGGCUUCCCUCCCGUGACCUCUGGGGCGGUCUCCACUAGCUCCCUGCUCCUCGCUCGGCCAGUCCUUCAGGAGCGGGAGCCCAGGAUCAUGUCUGGUUUUGUUUUUCUGAGGGCGAGGGGAUCCCUGAGGAUGAUGGUGAUUUUUUUUUUUCCUCAACUAGAAGAGAAAAUGAGGCAGAGACUGUGUGGGAGGCGAGCGCGGGGAGAGCACGGGGGAGGCGGAGGCGGGGGCGAGACCCGAGGCGGGCGAGCGUCUCGGGCGUGCGGGAGGAAGAGGAGGCUGGGAGCGCGGGGGGCGGCUCGCGAGCGUCUGUGGGAGCAGCGGCGCCUCGGCGAUGGUGGCCGAGCCGCGGCGGGGCUGCUGCACCGACCCACCGCCCACUCCGCGCUCGGGCCCGGCCCACCUCGCAGUAUCACGCCUCGCCAUUGGUGCGUCCCGGCGUGA